UUUUUCCAUGAUCCUUCCUUCCUAGUUCCUCCAUCACUCCCGCCUGCAAUUCACCCCUCUCUCUCUCUCAAAUCACACACACUAAGUCGUGUUUUUUAAAGGGGAAAGAAAACCGAAGCUCAAUUUUCAACAACACAGCGCAAUAAAUGCAGAGUUGCAGACAGCCACGACACAAUUGGGCCUCUGCGGCUUCUGGUAUAAUGAGCAGCGCUAGUUUACAUAAUUGAGCUGAAAAGGGGCCGAAUUUAUGGGGUGUGUUCUUGCUAAAGGAGUUUCCAGGAAAAGAGAAGAUCGCCGGAGGAAAAACGGUGAUGUGGGCCGGGAUUCGGGAGCCGCCGCCGCCGCCACCGCCACCGCCGCCGCCGUGGCGGAGAGGAGGAAGGAUAAGAAGAUCGUGGAGGCUCCAGCUGAGACGUCGACGGCGGCACCGUUCCCCCUGGAGUUCCGGCUAAAGAGGGGUGUCUCCACCGGCCGCGAGGAGUGGCCUUCGUGGCUAAACGACGUCGCAGGCCACGCUAUCAAGGAUUGGAAACCUCGACGCGCUAGCACCUUCGAGAAGAUUGAUAAGAUAGGGCAGGGGACCUAUAGCAAUGUGUAUAAGGCUAAGGACUUGGUCACUGGAAAGAUUGUGGCCUUGAAGAAAGUAAGAUUCGAUAACUUAGAGCCCGAGACCGUAAGGUUCAUGGCGCGAGAGAUACUCGUGUUGAGGAGGCUGGAUCACCCCAAUGUGAUUAAGCUUGAAGGUGUGGCGAUUUCUAGGAUGUCGAGCAGUCUGUACCUUAUUUUUGAGUAUAUGGAGCAUGAUCUUGCCGGUCUUACUGCAUUCCAAAAUGCCAAGUUCACUGAGCCCCAGGUGAAAUGCUAUAUGAAACAAUUGCUUUCUGGUCUAGAGCACUGCCACAACAAUGGUGUCCUACAUCGUGAUAUCAAGUGCUCUAACUUGCUUAUUGACAAUGAAGGAACCUUAAGAAUAGCUGAUUUCGGACUAGCUUCUUUCUUCAAUCCUGAAAGCAAGCGGCCCAUGACAAGCCGUGUUGUGACCCUUUGGUAUCGUCCUCCUGAACUUUUGCUUGGGGCCACUCGUUAUGGUGUUGGUGUUGAUUUGUGGAGCGCUGGAUGUAUUCUAGCAGAAUUAUUUGCCGGCAAACCUAUAAUGCGGGGGCGUACAGAGGUUGAACAACUGCACAAGAUAUUUAAACUAUGUGGUUCUCCACCCGAGGAAUACUGGAGGAAAUCUAAAUUGCCGAAUGCGACGCUUUAUAAACCCCAGCAACCUUACAAGCGUUGCUUAGCAGAAACCUUCAAGGAUUUUCCACCAUCUGCUCUCGCUCUCACAGAAACGCUUCUUGCCAUUGAUCCCGAUGCACGAUGCAGUGCCACUGAAGCGUUAAAUACUGAAUUUUUCACCACCGAACCAUAUGCAUGUGAGCCGUCAAGCUUGCCUAAAUUCCCUCCAAGCAAGGAAAUGGAUAUAAAAUUGAGAGAUGAAGAAUCUAGAAGGCAACGUGGUUUAGGUGAAAAACCUCACAUCACAGAGGGAAAUAAACGAACUAGAGUACGUGACAAAUCCAGUCGAGCAAUUCCAGUUCCAGAAGCAAAUGCAGAGCUGCAACCAAACUUAGAUAGGUUGAGAAUGAUGUCUGAUGCCAAAGCCAAAAGCAAGAGCGACAAAUUUCCUCCGCCUCAUCAGGAUGCAGCUGUGGGCAAUCAUCCUCUUGAUGCAUCUCGAAACGGCCCUUUAUCGUUCAGUGCAGCUGAAACUUCUUUCGCCUCCUCAAUAUUUGACCGGAGGUCUUCAAGAUCUCUACGGAGUACCAUAUCAAAAGCUGCGACUUCAAGAAGCAGGAACGAUAAGGAGGAGCCACAUAGGGCUCCUGCUCGGAGCUUCAUGAACGCGUUGUAUCCCUCCUCCUUUGCCUGGGAUUUCGGGUUCAGUCGGAGGCGAGUAGUUUUGGACAAUAGCAGGGAUCGAAGGUAGAGAGAUUUAGAGGAAGGUCACAGUUUGUACACAAAAUUUUGAAUGUUGUGUGUUUUUGUGUAGUCAGAAUCAUCAUGUUCCAUUCAAGGUCAUCUGUUUGCAUUAUUUGAUUUAUGUAUAUUAAAGUGCAACAUAGCAAAUCCAUAUCAUUGAGAAUCAUUUGUACUA